CGGCGCCCCCUCCUUUCUCCUCUGGACUUUGCGGCCCGCUGUCGUACCUGGGUUCGGAGCCUCCUAGAGUGCUUGUGAAAUGGAGGACAGGAGAAACGUUUACUUCCCAGGCCUACCAAGCACCCCACCACCACCAAUGGCUACUUCCUGGCGACCUCAACGCGUACAUGGCCUUCUGGGGGGAACAAUGACCAUUGGGAAUAAAGGGUUAACAAGAAACUGCCCCUUCUGAUCCCCUAGCCAGCCUGCUCAGAAAACCUGCUGGGAAAGUGAGAACUCAAGUCCCCAAAGGUUCCUGGUGUUGCACCCUAAUCUGAGACUUCUAAACUGGAAGAAGACUCAAGAGGAGCCCUACUUGCAAUUUCUGACGGGCUCAAAUCAGAAAACACCAUGCCUCCUAAUAAAGAGGCCAGCAGUCUUAAUAGCUCCCUUGCGGGUCUCAUCUGUCUCCCUCCCAUCUCUGAGGAGCUGCAGCUCGUGUGGACCCAAGCAGCCCAGACCAGUGAGCUGGACGACAAUGAACACUUGCUCCAGACCUUCAGCUACUUUCCCUACCCCAGCCUGGCAGACAUUGCCCUUCUUUGCCUACGUUACGGGCUACAGAUGGAGAAAGUCAAGACAUGGUUCAUGGCCCAGCGCCUCCGCUGUGGCAUUAGCUGGUCAUCUGAGGAAAUAGAGGAGACCCGGGCCCGAGUCGUAUACCACCGGGACCAACUCCAUUUCAAAUCUCUUCUCUCUCUCACUCACCAUGCAGGGCGGCCUCCAGAGGACGUGGCGCCCUCUCUGAGCGAGCCCACCCAGAUCAAAGGAUUGAAGGUAGAGCCCGAGGAGUCCCCUCAGGUACCACCAGUGCCGCCUCCAAGUCACCAGAAGGGAAAGGAGCCUUUGAUGGCACAUGGGAGUAGGGCAUUCUCACAUCAGUCAGAGUUUUGGCAAGAUCUUCAAAGUAGUGGCCCCUCUAAGGAGCAGGCAGUCAGGGGUCCUGCCCAGUCACGUGGCCUGGGCACUGUAGCCUGGAACCACUCCAGCGCUGCCCACCAGCCUCGGGCUCCGGAGAAGCCCUCGCCAUUCUCGUUCCUUGCCAGUAGCUGUAAGAAGGAGUCAGCAUCGAGUAUGACUCCCUCCUCUUCCUCUACCUCUUCCUCCUCUUCCCAGGUCCUGGCUAAUGGAGCUGCUGCUGCUUCGAAACCCCUCCAGCCCCUGGGCUGUGUCCCGCAGCCACUGUCACCCAACGAGCAGGCCCUUCCCCCUCACCUGGAGCCAGCCUGGCCGCAGGGCCUGCAGCAUAACUUAGCCCCAGGCCGGGCUGGCCCAGCGGAGUGCCUUUCUGCUGACAUGCAGCGCCACCAGCGAAAGACCAAGCGCAAAACCAAAGAGCAGCUGGCCAUCCUCAAGUCCUUCUUUCUGCAGUGCCAGUGGGCGCGGCGGGAGGACUAUCACAAAUUGGAGCAGAUCACUGGCCUACCUCGGUCCGAGAUCAUUCAGUGGUUUGGAGACACACGCUAUGCCUUGAAGCAUGGGCAACUCAAGUGGUUUCGGGACAACAUAGUACCUGGUGCCCCUAGUUUCCAGGACCCAGCCCUUCCCACCCCACUGCCGGCAGCCCGCUCCUUGAAUGAAUGGGCUGAGACACCGCCGCUGCCCACCCCCCUACCCCCCCCAGACAUACAGCCCUUGGAGCGGUACUGGGCAGCCCACCAACAGCUACAGGAGCGGGACAUCCCUCAACUGAGUCAGGCCUCUAGACUUAGCGCCCAGCAGGUGCUGGACUGGUUUGCUUCUCGAUUGCCAGAGCCAGCUGAGGUGGUGGUUUGUCUCGAUGAAGAAGAGGAGGAGGAGGAGGAGGAAAUGCCAGAAGAUGAUGGGGAUGAAGAGGAGGAGGAGGAGGACUACGACGACAACGAUGAUGAUGUGACCAUACAGGACUGAACCGGUGGGGGGCUGCGGGAGGGAAGCCUGUUACUAAAAAGAUGAACUAAUUGAGUAACGUUAAACAAAGAACCCACUUUUUUCAA